UCUGUGGUUAUGGCUCGACUAUAUAACCUUUAAAUUGAUAAUAAAUCCCUUUCUAUAUUUCUAUAUUUACAAAAUUACAAAACAAAUAUACGAAUAAAAUCAUACAAAGUGAUGAUGGCAAGCUAUCCAAGAAAAGUUCCUAACAUUUUAAUAACAGGCACCCCUGGAGUAGGCAAAUCAACAAUUUCCGGGUUGGUGGCAGAGAAAACAAAUUUCAUAUGGAGAGAAGUUUCAAAAUUGGCUGAGGAACAUCAUUGCUUAGAUGAAUACGAUCCUGAAUAUCGGUGCCCCUUGUUGAAUGAAGACAAGCUUCUGGAUGUAAUGGAAGGCUUGAUGGUGAAGGGUGGCAAUAUAGUAGAUUACCAUGGCUGUGACUUCUUCCCUGAGCGCUGGUUCGAUGGUGUCUUUGUGAUCAGGACUAAUAAUACUGCUCUUUAUGACAGGCUUUCUGCUAGAGGCUACACAGGCAAGAAGCUAGAAGACAACAUUCAAUGUGAAAUAUUUGAAACCCUAUUGGAAGAAGCACAGACCUCAUAUAAACCAGAAGUAGUCACAGAGUUGCAGAAUAAUACAGAGGAACAAUUACAUGAGAAUGUUGACAAAAUUAUGAACUGGAUAGAAAAGUGGAAGGAGGAGAAUUUAUAGUAUAGAUUUUAAUAAAA